UCAAAUCUGAGCUGAUCAAUAAGCGACAGAGAAGCUCAGCGUCUGUGUGGUCAGUCGUCUCUGCCAGAGCUCAGUCUUCAGGAUGAGGGUGUUCUUCCUGCUGGUUUGGGGUUGGUGUCUGAGUUGGAGGACAGAUGCUCAGAGCCAGUCCUUUCUGAUCACAGCCCCCCUCUCGGUGUGCCUGGAUGCUACAGAAACGGUGUUUGUUCAGCUGUUCGGUUAUACGAAUGAGGUAACCGUCUACGUCUUCUUGAAGACCUCCUUGGCUUCGGAUCAGAGGGAACUGUCUAAGGACUCUCUGAGGCUUAACAGCCUAAAUAACUACCAGGGCAUUGCUAAAAUUCGGUUGUUAAAACACCCAGAGAAUAAGGAUUUGAAUCAUGUGAUUCUCCAUGUCCAAUCAGAUGGGAUCAACCAACACCAGUCUAUUCCCGUUAGCCGAUCCAACGGCUUCCUGUUUAUCCAAACAGACAAACCUCUCUACACCCCUGAUCAGAAAGUCAAAGUGAGGGCUUUCUCCAUGAACAAGGAGCUGAGACCAGCCAAUCGCAGUGUCUUCUUGACCUUCAAGGAUCCGGAUCAAAUAAUUGUAGAUGUUGUGGAGAUUAUUGAUGUGAACAAUGGAAUCCCGUCUAUGCAAAACCCGUUUAAGAUCCCCGUCAAACCAAAGUUGGGAAUUUGGACAAUAGAAGCUUCUUACACAAACGAUUUCACAACAAAAGCAGAGACAGACUUUGAAGUUAAAGAAUAUGUUCUUCCUAGUUUCUCCAUCCUGAUGAACCCACAGACAAACUACAUCAGUCACAGUCAGUUCAGUCAGUUCAACUUCAAGAUUUCUGCCAGGUAUCUUCACGGUGCACCAGUUGCUGAAGGAGAGGUUUUUCUGCGUUAUGGAUAUGUUAGAGGGAAAGAUGCUCCCGUUAUCAUUCCCACAUCAAUCACCAGAGAAAGACUGUCUCAAACAGGUGAGCUAGAUGUGACCGUUAACAUGCAGAAGGUUCUGCACAAACACGAUGGACCAAGAGACCUGGAUAGCCUGGUGGGAGGUUACCUGUAUGUAGCUGUGCUGUUACAGGAGGACACAGGUGGGAUCACUCAGGAGGCCGAGUUUGCUUCAGUGAAGUUUGUCAGGUCACCGUUCCGUCUGAGCCUCAUCUCAACACCUCCAUUCAUCAAACCUGGACUUCCUUACAAUAUCCAGGUGUUGGUGAAGGAUCACCUAGACAAGCCGGUGAGCCAGGUACCAGUGCGUCUGGUGGAGCGUCAGCUGAUUAUGAAUGGAGGGGAAAGAGAGGUGAUGUCCUGUGGGGAGACCACAAGCAGUGGAUCUGAUGGCCUCUUGUUUUAUAUCUGUAAUCCCCAGAAAAAUGCAGUCAGAGCAUUGCUGAAGUUUGAGACAGCGGACCCUACCCUCCCAGCACAGAGUCAAGCUGCUCUAUCACUGGAGGCAGUGGCCUAUCACUCCCCAAACCAGCGGUACCUUUACAUCAACACGCCAAUGUUUGGCUAUAGCCUCCAGGUGGGGCAGUACGUCAACAUCCAGGUGUACACAGCAGCACCUUCUUACCUGAACAUUAGAACCCUCAACUACCUGGUGCUCUCUAAAGGCAAGGUGGUGUAUUUUAAAAGUCAGCAAUUUGCCUCUAGCAUUGAUAAUAAACAGAAUCUAAACUUCCUGGUGACGACCUCCAUGGUGCCAUCCAUCAGACUGCUGGUCUACUACAUCCUGGAUGGAGAAGGAACAACCGAGCUGGUGGCUGAUUCAGUCUGGAUGGACAUCAAGGACAAGUGUGUGAACGGACUCCAGGCCAGCAUCUCCUUCCAACAAAAACCCUACAAGCCAAAGGAGAACAUUGAGCUGGGCAUCACAACCAAUCAGGGCAGUAUGGUGGCUCUGUCGGCUGUAGACUCCGCUGUCUUCACCCUACGACCCAACUAUAGGGAUCCUGUUUCCACGGUCCUGCGUCACAUCGAGAACAGCGACCUGGGCUGUGGAGGAGGCGGCGGUAAAGACAAUGCUGACGUCUUCCGAUUGGCUGGCCUCACCUUCAUGACCAAUGCCAACGCCAACCCCUCAUCCAGCAGUGAGCCUUGUACAGCAGCUGUACGUCCAAAGAGAGCUUUGACUGAAGCAGACAAGCAAAACAAAGCCAGAACCUACGGCGACAUGAAGAAGUGCUGUGAAGAGGGAAUGAAGUACAUCCCUAAGAGUGUGACCUGCCAUCAAUAUGCCAACCAGAAAUUCAGGAAACACAAAAUAGCCAACGAAAAAUGCAAGACGGCCUUCAGAGAGUGCUGCGAGUACAUCCAGCAGAACCUGGACCAGAAUGACGGGCUUGUGCUUGGACGCUACAAGCUGGGUGCAGACUUUGAUCUGGCUCCAUCUUUGGUGAGAAGCUACUUUCCAGAGAGCUGGCUGUGGGAGGUGCUGCGUGCCAGGUCAGGCCAGCUGUCUGUCACCAGGCCUCUGCCGGACUCUCUGACAACCUGGGUGGUAAAAGCCAUUGAAAUGUCUCCGGAGGGUGGAAUGUGUGUGGCUGAUCCCGUGGAGGUGUCUGUCAAUCUGCCGCUCAGUAUAGAUGUCCCACUGCCCUAUCAGGUGGUCCGAGGAGAACAGCUAGAGCUACAGGGCUCUGUAUACAACCUGCAGGAAGACACCAUCAAAUACUGUGUGACUCUGACGGCCGGUCCGGCGCUCUGUCUGCUAAAGUCCCAGCCGACCGCAGGGAACGCAGGACAACACACCACGGCCUGCACCUGGAGCCACCUCCCUGCAGGUGGGGUGGGCAAAGUGACCUUUACCCUGCUGGGUCUGGAGCCUGGAGAACACAUGCUAACCUUCUCACUGACAACCCCGGCAGCAGUCAAAGAUGUUGUGAAGAAGAUGCUGCGAGUGGUGCCUGAAGGACUGAGGCAGGAGGUGAACUCUGGGGGAAGACUUGAUCCUCAGGGACUCUACGGUUCAGAAAAACGGACUGUGACACUGAAGAACAUCCUGCCAGAAAACAUUGUUCCCAACUCUGAUGUGGUGAGAGUGCUGACCAUCAAUGGUGAGCUUCCAGGCGAAGUAGUAUCAGUCCUACUAGACCCAAAAGGCCUCAAACAGCUCCUCAGCCUUCCUCCUGGGUCAGUAAUAGCAGAGCUUGAGAGGCUUCUCCCACUCAUCCAGGUAUACCAGUACCUGGAGACGAAGGGCAUCUGGGAUGUGCUGGGAGCAGACAUUGAGAAGAACUCAGAUGAGCUGAAGCAGAAGAUCAAAGAUGGUCAGGUGGCCCUCACGUCUUUCAUGAAUGGAGACUCCAGCUACAGCAUGUGGAUGAAGACUGAACCCAGCACCCUGGUCACCGCUGAGGUGGUCAGGACUCUGUCUUUGUCCAACUCAUUUGUCCCUGUGGACCAUCAGUCUCUCUCAAACUCUGUUAGCUGGCUGAUCCGCAAAACUCAACAGGACGAUGGAUCCUUCAUUGAAAGAUCUAAAUCCAAACACAGCAGAUUCAUGGUGGAAGGGGUUGAUAAAGUGGACCAAUCGGUUUAUGUGACAUCCUUAGUGCUGAUGGCCUUAAACCGAGCAACGAGCAUCAGAAACCCAAUCCUACAGCUCCAAUCCCAUGAGAACAGCAAGCGUGCUGCAACAAACUACCUUACCCAGCAUGCCAUGAAUGUGAAGAGCAUGUACGUGCGUGCGUUGGCGACCUACGCUCUGACUCUUCAGGACCCGGACAGCUUGGAGGUGACGGAGCUGAUCUACUACCUGGAGCAACAGGCUCGACAGAAAGGUAACCCAGUUGUGCUCCGGUACUGGCAGGAGUCCAGCGUGACAGCUGAUUGGGUGAAGCCUGAUAAAUCCAGUGGUCAGACAGUGGAGACAACAGCGUAUGUCUUGCUGACUAUGCUGCUCAAGGGGCGGAUCCAUUAUGCCAACCCCAUCAUGACCUGGCUGACUCAGGAUCAGCACUAUGGAGAAGGUCUCUAUUCCAUCAAGGACGUAGUGUUGACUCUGGAGGCCAUUACAGAGUACAGCAGGAUAGUCCCUCGCGCCACGCUCAACCAGGACAUCAACAUCCGCUACACCAGGAAAGGAGCCCUGGAGCGAGUCCAGCUGAGCCUAAGCCGACCUGUGGCCACGCCCAUCCAGAUAUCAAAGAGUGAUGACAUCAUCGUAUCCACAGGUUAUGGGAGGGGUGUGUCCAGCGUUAAGCUAAAGACGGUUUACUAUCAGACUACCGCGUCCACGCAGACCAGAUGUAACUUUGAUCUCACCAUCGAGAUUGUCGGACCUGACGUCUCCAGCAAUUCAACCAAGCAGGCUCCUCAUCUGGUCGCCUGUGUGAAGUACAAACCUCCUCCAAACGAGAUGUAUACAGAGUCCACUCUGACUGUGAUGAAGAUCCAGCUGCCCACAGGUGUGGAACCUUACCUGGAGGACCUGAGACAGUUCAGUGAUGAAGACGAGUCCGUCAUCUCCCACUAUGAGCUCCAAGGAGACACCGUCAUCAUCCAGAUGACGUCUGUUCCCUCAGACAUCUUUCUGUGUGUUGGAUUCCGGGUCAGAACCAGGUUCAGAGUGCUUGGCGCUGCAGAGUCUCUGUUAACUGUCACAGAACCUCAGGACAAAGGAAGCCUGUGCACCAAACAGUUCUCUGGUCAGCACCAGCAGUUGCAGCACCUCUGCCUGGGUGAACAGUGUCAGUGCAUGACAGCUGCAUGUGCGUCCUACAGAGGAACUGUAGACUCCACCCUGAAAGCAGACAAACGCACAGAGGAAACCUGCCAGCCUCACAUCAAAUAUGCCUACAAGGUGACGGUGAAGUCCUCAGCAGUAGAGGGGGACUUUAUGACCUACACAGCCACCAUAGCUGAAGUUCUGAAGAAGAGUAAAGAGUUCGAUACGUUGGGUCCAGGGACUGACUUGGACCUAGUAAAGAAGGCCACCUGCAAUGGGGUGGACCUGCAGAACAACAAGCAGUACUUGGUGAUGGGAUCCAGCGGGUCAGAGGUCACACAUAGCGGCAACUUCAAGUACCGUUUGCCUCUGGAUUCUGAGGCGCUGGUGGAGCUCUGGCCCGCAGCAUGUAGUUCUCCAGAGUGUCAGGGCUACAGUUCCCAUCUCUCAAGCUAUGCUCUGGACCUGCAGCUGUUUGGCUGUCCAUGAUGCACCACAACUCUGCAUAGCUGACUUGUUUAUCACUGAGUUUAUUUUGACAAAGAAAUUGUGAAAUAAUUGAAUGCAUAUUAAAUUCUCAGCUCAUUAUUAUGAAAUAUAUUUCAUUUUCCAUUAAAAACGGCCUUAUAAUAUAAAAUUA